UAGAUGAAUGUCGUGGGAACACAGAGUAAAAAAAGUCAUGUAAAGUGGCGAUUUGAAAUAUGAUCAAUAUUCAACGUCAAAGAAAUACAAAAAAGUCAAACGAAUAGACAUUGAAUCCUGGAGAUAACCCAGUUGUAGAUCCGGGUUGGCUUCCCCUUCCCCACGGAACUUGUUGUUCAAAAAACUUCUAUCAAAAAACCCACUUCAAGAAACGAAUGUGUUUUAAAACAUCCCCAGAAAGUGUUCUUCCUGUUUUGGCGGCUACAGACUCAACAACCGAAGCGUGUGGAAACAAGUCGAAUGGAUCCACCCUCCAAUGGUUAUUUCAAAACAAGUUAGUAUUUUCAACUCUGUUUCGGUUCAUCAUUAGUAUUCAGCCACACAAAUGAACCCCAACAACAUCUGCGCCUUCUCAUUUCUUCUUCUUCUUUCAUCUAUAUGCUUCGGCAAAGAUUCAAUCACAUCUGAAAGUUUCAUCAAAGACCCAGCAACCAUAACCUCAAAUGGCAGCUCCUUCCAGUUGGGGUUCUUCACACCACUUAAUUCCACCGCCCGAUAUGUCGGGAUUUGGUACAACCAAAUCCCCUUGCAAACCAUUGUGUGGGUAGCAAAUGCAAACAACCCUCUCCACGAUUCUUCUGGGAUUUUCACGAUUUCCAAGGAUGGAAACCUUGUCGUCUCAAAUGGAAACCACACCGUCCUCUGGUCUUCAAAUGUUACUUCUCCAACAGCCAACACAACCGCUCGAAUCCUCGAUUCGGGCAACCUUGUUUUGGAAGAUCCUGCUUCUGGGUUGGUUAUAUGGGAGAGCUUCAAACAUCCUUCCAAUUCAUUCUUGCCUCCCAUGAAACUCAUCUCAAGCAAAAGAACCACCGAGAAGGUCGAGUUUACCUCAUGGAAAACCGCUUCCGAUCCAUCUACAGGUAACUUUUCUUUAGCCUUAGAUGUUCGGAGUAUCCCUGAAGCUGUCAUUUGGAAUGGCAAUAACCCAUAUUGGAGAUCUGGUCCAUGGAACGGUCUGACUUUCAUGGGAGUACCCGAAAUGAUCUCUGUUUAUCGCAGUGGGUUUAAUCUUGAGAAUGAAAACCAAACUUAUUAUUUCUCAAUUUCUUAUAAUAACGACAAUCAAUUACUCAAUACCAUGAUAUUAAGCCCGCAAGGCAAUCUAUUGCAAGAGUACUGGGAUCCGUCGGAGGAAAGCUGGGCGGCAGCUUGGUCGGCUCUUAGAACGCCGUGUGAUUUCUACGGUGCUUGUGGGCCGUUCGGGAUAUGUAAUGCGAAUGCAUCUCCAAUUUGCAGCUGCUUAAGGGGGUUUAAGCCAAGGAACGCGGCGGAGUGGAGUCAAGGAAAUUGGAGUAAUGGGUGUGUGAGAAAUGCACCGUUGCAGUGUGAGAAGUCCACCAACGCCACCGGUGGUGAGGAAGAUGGGUUUUUUAAAGUGGAAUUGGUUAAAGUUCCAUUUUUGGCAGAGUGGUCUAAUUCGUCUUCUUCAGCUAAUGAAUGCAAACAAGAGUGCUUAGAGAAUUGCUUGUGUAAAGCUUAUGCAUAUGAAAAUGGUAUUGGUUGUAUGCUGUGGAGAAGCGACUUAGUUGAUGUACAGAAGUUUGAAAGCAUUGGAGCUGAUCUUUAUGUUCGACUGGCGGAGGCAGAGUUAGACACAAUUAAUGAUGCAGAAAGCAAGACUGGAAUUAUUCUAGCCGCAAUUCUUCCAGCAACGCUUAUCAUCUUCUUCAUUGCCAUUUGCUUCUGGUGGAGAUGGAAGGCUAACAAAAGAGAUGAGUAUAGCAAAAAAGGAAAGAGAUUGAGGUUAAGAAGGGAUGAUGACAUGAUUGAGGACAAAAUUAAACUUGAAGAACUGCCUGUUUAUGAGUUUGAGAAGCUGGCAACCGCAACAGACAGCUUUGAUCAACGUAAAAAGCUUGGACAAGGUGGGUUUGGUCCUGUAUAUAAGGGAGUAUUAUUAGAUGGACAAGAAAUAGCAAUAAAGAGGCUUUCAAGAGCUUCAAAUCAAGGGUAUGAAGAGUUCAUAAAUGAAGUGAUCGUGAUAUCAAAGCUACAACAUAGAAACCUCGUACAGCUUCUCGGCUGCUGCAUCGAAAGAGAAGAGAAGAUGCUUAUCUAUGAGUAUAUGCCCAACCUCAGUUUGGAUGCCUUCAUCUUUGACUCGAACAAACAAAAACUCUUGGAUUGGAGAAAACGAUUCCACAUUGUUGAUGGAAUUGCUCGAGGUCUUCUUUACCUUCAUAGAGAUUCGAGAUUAAGAAUCAUUCAUAGGGAUUUGAAGGCUAGUAAUAUAUUAUUAGACAAAGAUAUGAAUCCGAAAAUCUCGGAUUUUGGUAUGGCAAGAAUUUUCGGUAGUAAUGAAGUGCAAGCCAAUACUAUAAGGGUCGUUGGGACUUAUGGGUAUAUGUCACCUGAGUAUGCAAUGCAAGGACAGUUUUCCGAGAAAUCAGAUGUUUUUAGCUUUGGAGUUUUAUUGCUUGAGAUCAUAAGUGGGAGACGGAACACAGGGUUCUACCGCCAUGAGUAUGCUUUAAGCUUAUUGGAGUUUGCAUGGAAGUUGUGGACAGAAGACAAUCUUAUUGCUUUGAUUGAUCCAACAAUAUACGAACCGUGCUUUCAAUCAGAGAUUUUGAGGUGCAUCCAAGUGGGACUGUUAUGUGUUGAAGAAUCUAUAAACGAUAGACCAACUGUUCUUACCAUUAUUUCAAUGCUCAACAGUGAAAUCGUAGACCUUCCUACUCCAAAGCAACCUAGCUUUAUUGGUAGACCAGCUCCCAGUAAUGCAGACAUCUCUCAACAAUGCAUAAAUAAACAUUCCGCAAACAGUCUUACACUUACCUCAAUUAUAGCCAUGAAAUUCAGACAUCAAAUUUGCAGCUUUACGUGCUGUCGAUCUCUUCUUCUGCUGCUGCUGCUUUCAUUGACAUCCUUCUGUUCAAGAUUUGGCUUUGCCGGCGAUACGAUCACAUCAGCAAAUUUCAUCGAAGACCCAGCAACCAUUUUAUCUAAUGGAAGUGUUUUCGAGUUGGGGUUCUUCUCGCCUGUUAAUUCAACCCGCCGAUAUGUCGGAAUUUGGUUCCAGGAAUUUUCCCCACAAACCAUAGUAUGGGUGGCCAACAGAGACAACCCUGUUAAAGAUACUUCUGGGAUUUUCACCAUUUCCAAGGAUGGGAAUCUUGUCGUCUUGGAUUCAAACGACAGCAUCCUUUGGUCUUCAAAUGUUUCUUCCUCUGUAAUUGGAACCGACAACACAAGUGCUCAGAUUUUAGAUUCCGGAAACCUGGUUUUGAAAGAUUCUACGUCUGGGGUGAUUAUAUGGGAGAGUUUCAAACACCCUUGUGAUAAAUUCUGGACUCCCAUGAAGAUUAAGACAAACACAAGGACUAAAGAGGUGGUCGGAUUUACCUCAUGGAACACUCCUUCCGAUCCAUCUACAGGUAAGUUUUCAUUUCUGCUGGAUGUUCAUGAUCUUCCUGAAGCUGUCAUUUUAAAUGGGGGUGAUACUUAUUGGCGUUCUGGUCCAUGGAAUGGUCAGUCUUUUAUUGGAGUACCUGAAAUGAACUCUGUUUAUCUCUCUGGAUAUAACCUCGCAAUCGAAGACCAAACGUACACUCUCUCUCUUGCUUCCAAAUAUGCCUUUCGAGAAUUUUCUUAUUUGUUCUUGAACUCACAAGGGAAUGUUGAGCAAAUGAAUUGGGAUUCUGAGAAGCAGUACUGGAACUUUAGUUGGUUGGCUCUAAAAACAGAGUGCGAUUUCUACGGCGCUUGUGGGGCGUUUGGGAUCUGCAAUGCAAAAACAUCCCCUGUUUGCAGCUGUUUAAGAGGGUUUGAGCCAAAGCACGAAGAGGAAUGGAAUCGAGGAAAUUGGAGUAAUGGGUGUGUGAGAAAGACGCCAUUAAAAUGCGAGAACAGGUCUAGUACAGAGGAAGAUGGGUUUUUUAAACUGGAAAUGGUUAAAGUUCCAUUUUUGGCAGAGUGGUCUAAUUCCUCUGCUUCCGUAGACGAUUGCAGGCGCGACUGCUUGGAAAAUUGUUGGUGUUCUUCUUAUGCAUUUGAAAAUGAAAUAUGCAUGCACUGGAGAAAUGACUUAAUUGAUAUGCAAAAGUUCGAGAGCGGUGGAGUAGAUCUUCACCUUCGAAUGGCAUUAGCAGAUCUAGAUACAAAUAAUGUAAGAGACAAGAAACGAGUUAUUAUUGCCGUAGUUGUACCAGCGACGCUUGUGAUCUUCAUCAUUGCUAUAGCCUUUUACUGGAAAUGGAAGACUAAAAAACAGAAGAAGAAGAUAAUGAUGACGUCUGGUGAAAAAGAAAAGAUGAAGCAAACGCGGGAGAAUGAUACUAUGAUUGAGGAUGAUAUCAAACUUGAGGAGCUGCCACUUUAUGAUUUUGAGAAGGUAGCAAUUGCAACCAAUUACUUUGAUAUGAGCAACAAGCUUGGGCAGGGUGGCUUCGGGCCAGUAUAUAAGGGGAGGUUAUUGAAUGGACAGGAAAUAGCAGUAAAGAGGCUUUCAAGAGCCUCUAAACAAGGGUAUGAAGAGUUUAUAAACGAAGUGAGAGUGAUUUCAAAGCUGCAACACAGGAAUCUUGUACGCCUUUUGGGAUGUUGCAUUGAAGGAGAAGAGAAGAUGUUGAUCUAUGAGUACAUGCCCAACUUAAGUUUGGAUGCAUUCAUCUUUGGCUCUCCCGAACAACAAAUUCUCGAUUGGAGAAAAAGAUUCGAUAUUGUCGAUGGAAUUGCUCGUGGUCUUCUUUAUCUUCACAGGGAUUCGAGAUUGAAAAUCAUUCACAGAGAUCUCAAAGCAAGUAAUAUUUUGUUAGAUAAAGAUCUGAACCCUAAAAUUUCAGACUUUGGCAUGGCAAGAAUCUUUUACGGCAAUGAAGAUCAAGCAAACACUUUAAGAGUUGUCGGAACUUAUGGAUAUAUGUCUCCUGAGUAUGCAAUGCAAGGUCAAUUUUCAGAAAAAUCAGACGUUUUUAGUUUUGGAGUUUUACUACUUGAAAUUAUUAGCGGGAGACGAAAUACAGGGUUCUACCUCCAUGAAUAUGGCAUAAGCUUAUUGGGAUUUGUAUGGAAGUUGUGGACUGAAGGCAAUCUUAUUCCUUUGAUUGAACCAGCAAUAUAUGAACUAUGCUACCAAUUAGAGAUUUUGAGAUGCAUUCAAGUGGGGCUCUUAUGCGUUCAAGAAUUUGUAAAUGAUAGGCCAAAUGUGUCCACCAUUAUUUCAAUGCUCAACAGUGAAAUUGUCGAUCUUCCUUCUCCAAAGCAACCGGGUUUUGUCGGUAGACCACAUGAAAGUAACACACAACCUUCUCAACCAAAUUCAGAUAAAUAUUCAGCAAAUAAUGUUACACUUACCACAAUUAUAGCUCGAUAA